AUGCAGACGCGGGCAGCAGCAUCGGACCCGCCAGCGGCAGCGCCUUUGGCACAGGCGGGGCAGCUAGAAGUGCGGCAGCAGCUGACACACACAGGACCUGCAGCGCCGCAGGCUGCACAGCAGCCCAUGCAGUGUGCGGCGGCUGCUGUGGCGGCCAAGGAUGUGCCGACAGACCAGGGCAUGCCUCAGAAGACCCCAAACAGCAUCCUGCUAGCGCCGCUGCCAGCGGCGGCGGCGGCAUUGGCCGCGGCAGGCAGCGCGCCUGCGUCCGCCAUCGCCUCGCCAGCCUCACCCGCCGUGGCUGACCAAGCCAUGGACGAGGCAUCCGCAGCCUACUCACGCGGCGACUAUGCACGGGUGGUGCAGCUGUGCCAGGCGCUGUAUACGGCGGGGCAGUCGCGACGGACCGACCUGCUGCUGCUGCUGGGGGCGGCGCACUACCAGCUGGGGCAGUACGAGCAGUGUAUUGCCUGCAACGACCAGUGCAUCCUGCUGGACCCCACGCUGGCAGAGGCCCACGCCAACCUGGCCAACGCGCUGCAGCAGCUGGGCUCCACCGACCUGGCCCUGCUGUACUACCAGAGCGCGCUGCGCCUGCGCCCCGCCUUCACAGACGCCAUCAACAACAUGGCGGCGGCGUACCUGCAGAAGGGCCUGGUGCUGCAGGCCAUGGAGGCCUACAACGCAGCCCUGGCCAUCGCCCCCGGCCUGGCCGAGGUGCGCGUCAGCCUGGGCGACCUGUGGCGCCUGCAGGGCGAGGCUGGGCGCGCCGCCGCGGCCGCCUGCUACACAGAGGCUCUGCGCGGGGAGCGGCGCUGCGCGGCGGCCUGGCGCGGCCUGGGCGACGUGCGGCGCGAGGCCGGGGACGCCACGCAGGCGGUGGCCUGCUACCAGGAGGCCCUCCGGCUGGAGCCGUCCUGCGCCGACGCACACACCGGGCUGGGCGUGGCGCUGCGCGAGCUGGGGCGGCGGGGCGAGGCGGAGGCGGCGUUCCACGCUGUGGUGGCGCUGCGCCCCGAGUGCGCGCUGGCGCUGGGCAACCUGGCGGGGAUGUACUACGACCAGGGCAAGCUGGAGGAGGCGAUUGGGGCGUACCGGCAGGCCAUUGCCGCGCAGCCGCAGUUCCCGGAGGCCUAUAACAACCUGGGCAACGCGCUGCGCGAGGCGGGGAGGAGCGAGGAGGCGAUCGCCUGCUACACCAUGUGCAUACACCUGCAGAUGGCGGCGGCGCAGGCGCCGCUGCUGGCCGCGGCGGCCGUGGCACGCGGCGGCGCGGCGCCGGGCGGCGGCGGUACCGGCGGUACCUCAGCCCAGCACGCGCAGCGCCUGUCUGUCACCUACAACAACCUGGCCAGCAUCCUCAAGGCCACGGCGCGGCUGGCGGAGUGCAUCCAGUGCUACGAGCACGUCAUGUACCUGCAGCCGCGCUGCCCCGAGGCGUACGCCAACCUGGGGUCGGCCUACAAGGACUGCGGGCGGCACGACGAGGCGCUGGCCGCCUACCGCCACGCCCUGCAGCUGCGCCCCGACUUCCCCGACGCACACGCCAACUACGUGCACAGCCUGCAGUGCGUGUGCGAGUGGGGGGACAGGCCCGCGCUGUUCAAGAGGCUGGAGGCGGAUGUUCGGCGCGACAUUGCUGCGGGGCGCCUGCCCUCGGUGCAGCCCUUCCACGCCAUGGCCUACCCCUUCCCUGCUGACCUGGCGCUGGCCAUAGGCCGGCAGUAUGCGCAGUACUGCGUCACCGUGGCGCGGCGCCUGGGUGUGCCGCGCCUUGCGCACGCGCCGCCGCUCCCGCUGGCGCCGGGCCAGCGCCUGCGUGUGGGCUACGUGUCCUCCGACUUUGGCAACCACCCUCUGAGCCACCUGAUGGGCGCGAUCGAGGUCUUCUGCUACGCGCUCACGCCGUCAGACGGCUCCGAGUGGCGGGCCCGCAUCGAGGCCGAGGCGGAGCACUUUGUGGAUGUGUCGGCGUGGGGCGCCGCCGACGUGGCGCGCCGCAUCAGCGCAGACGGCGUCCAGGCCGUGGAGCUGGGCCUGGAUCACGCCAAGCGCGCUUCGCUGCGCGCCCGCCUGCAGGCCGCACGCCUCACCUGCCCCCUGUUUGACACCGCGGGCUGGGUGCGCGACUUUGAGCGCACGCUGCUGUGCAUGUGGGCCAUCCACUGCGAGGGCGGCGGCCCACGGGACUUUGAGGUGGAGCCGCUAGCUGAGGGCUGA